AUGGCCCUCUUAUUGGCAGACAAUGGCUAUGGUGAAGGUGGUGCCGGGUCAGAGUUUAGUCUGAUUGCUAUCAAUCUAGCACUUAUAUUUACAAUUGUGGCCACUUGCAUCUCAAUGAUUUCUGUCUGGCUACACUGGAAGAACUACAGAAAACCGAACCAACAAAGACAAGUCAUUCGUAUUUUGUGGAUUGUGCCCAUCUAUGGUGUCAGUACAUUUGUCUCAUUGGUAUCUCUCAAUGUCGCAUUCUAUGUGGACACCUUUCGUGACAUGUACGAAGCAUAUGUUAUCUAUGCCUUCUUUAACCUCCUACUCAACAAACUGGGCGGUGAGCGAGCCUUGAUUAUCAUGCUUCACUCCCGACCACCGUCCGAAAACUUUUUUCCUGGCACGCUUUGGUCACGCGAAAUCUAUGUGGGUGAUCCAUACACCUUUCUGUUUGUCAAACGAGGUAUCCUUCAGUUUGUCUAUGUCAAGCCUAUCUUGGCCGUCGUCACCAUGGCUCUCAAAGCAACAGGCCAUUAUAGCGAAGGAGAAAUUAGCUGGACAAGCUCUUAUCUUUACCUCACCUUCUUUUACAACAUCAGUGUAACUUUGACAUUGUGGUGUCUCAUGGUAUUUUUUUAUGCCACCAAGAAAGAUCUUGUUGCAUUCAGACCUCUUCCUAAAUUCCUAUGUGUCAAGGCAAUCAUCUUCUUUUCGUUUUGGCAGAGUGUGGUUAUUGCUUUGAUGGUAGCAGCCGGAAUGAUUCAAGAUGAGGGACCUGAACAUAUCUCAGUGGCCAUUCAAGACUUUCUCAUUUGUAUGGAAAUGGUACCUGCUGCAAUUGCUCAUUCAUUCUCUUUUUCUUAUGAGGAUUAUUAUGAUCCUGAUGUUCACUCUGCUCGUAUGCCAAUCUACAGAGCAAUCCGAGACUCUUUUGGUAUCAAGGAUGUUGUGAUGGACACUCUUGACACUCUUCGAGGAUCCCAGUUUAACUACAGAUCAUUUGAACCUUCAGAAGGAGUUCCCCACAUCGGGAGCAGCCGAACAUCUCGAAUCAUGGCCGGUUUACGGUACUCGACCAGCACAGCCAAAAAGCACUGGAUUGAUCCUGCACCGACGUCUCGUUUCAUUAGUGCUGGCCGUGCAUUAAAUGAAGGCAGAGGAGGAAGUGGGGGAGGAGAGAGGGGAGCUUCGGGAGUUGAAGUGUACGAGCCACUCGAAUUCGAUGAUCCGGAUCCUAAUGAUGAGGUUGAAGAUCAUUACAGAACUAGUCGGGCAAUGAUGUUUGGAGAUUACAAUUACCCGGUCAUU